CAUCAUCAUCAUCAUCAUCAUCAUCAUCAUCAUCAUCAUCAUCAUCAUCAUGAUCAUCAUGAUCAUCAUGAUCAUCAUGAUCAUCAUUAUUAUCAUUAUCAUUAUCUGAUAGGCUCGUUCCGUUCCUAUCUUUUCACUCAUAUUUUGGGUGUUAAUUGUCUAAUUUUUAUUUUAAUCGGGUGACUAUUGGGGGUUUUGAAUGAAAAUUUGUUAUUUUUCGGUCCCGGUGGCAUUCAUAUUCAGUGCAGUAUUUUUCUACACAAUUUGACAUAUUUUGGAGUAAUUUGAUUGUAAAAUUGCAUAUUAUUAGCGGGUGCAGUGAGUUGUGAUUUUACAGGCCGAGUUUGCGGUGAAUAUGUUUGGACCAGAUCAUUUGCGGGUUACUUUAGAAGUUAUUAAGUGAAGCCCAAAAAGGAAAAAAAAACUGCAGCACCGACUAGCAGCCCAAAAAGGAAAAGAGAUGAGCUGGGUUUUCUCCCUGAAAACCUCAGCCGCAGGAGCAACUUCCAUUCCAUUCAUUCUUCAUGUUCGUCACUUAGCCGCAGUAGCAUAGCUUUUCCAUUCUCAGUUCGUAGUCAGUCAGCCGCACCAGCAGUUUUUUUCAUCGUUCUUUCUGUUCGUAGACAAGUCCUGCUAUCCGUCAAUUAGCCGCAGCCGGCAGUAGUAACCAGAAGACCAAGCAGCCGCACUUUUUAUUUUCUGAUUCAUUUAGUAGCAAUUAGCCGCAGCAGUAAUCCAUAACCAAGGAACUUUGCUUUGCUUUCAUUUCAAGUAUUGUAAGUUUAGUUAUUUACAGCAUUAGUUCUUCAAUUUUGACUGAAUUUCGAAUUUCUUUGUUUCCAAUUAGCAAUUUCAGAAUUUCCCAUCAAAUACUCAUAAUUCACUCUUUAUUUCUAGCUUCUUAUCAUGUUUAUUAUGCUCAGUAAUAUUUUUGUGAUGUUAAAUUUAGUUAUGAGUAGCUAAUUCCAUUUAGGGUUUGAAUUGGGGCUAGGGUUCAUGGGUUCUUGAGGGUGUGAAUUUAGUUCUUUAAAAUUCAAUUAAUCUUCUGGAAAAUUUGUAUAAGAUUAAUCAUAAUUGUCUAUAUGAAUUUGAUCACCUCAUAUAUGAAUGUCUGGAUUUAAUUCAGUUCUUGUCUAUGAGAAAUUGAGUUAAAUUAGCUCGAAUCUUAUACAAGCAAUCUGAUCUUAGAAAUAAGUUAAGAUUGUGAUAAUUUGAUUUAAUUCUUGUCUAUGAGAAUUUAUUUCAUUUUCUUUCCAGGAAUAAUUGAAAAUUAAUUAACUUAAUUCUAAUCCCGAAAGAACACCCAGAACCCGAACCAUCCAAUUCGAACCCUGUUUUAAUAUCUAGAAUCAGUUUAAUUUUUUUUUUUUACUCUAUUUAUUUUUUUGCACUCGUUAUUAAUUAGUUUUAUUUUCAAACCACUCAAAAAAAAAAUUAUUUUGGAAAGAUUACCAUGACUUGUGCUAGCCUGUGAUCACGGACUGUAUUUAAAACUUCCUUUUUGCCACUCCUUGAGAGACGAUACUCGUGGUCAGGUUAUUCUACGGAUAAACCAACUACGUUUCACUCACUAAAAAAUUACACCGAUCAAAUGGCGCCGUUGCCGGGGAGUGGCACGGUUGUUUGUUAAGUACUUUUAUGUGGAAUAGGUAAAAGCAAGUCGGUGAGACUUUCUAUUUUUUUCCUGUUAUUUGUGUGUCGUUUUUUGUGUUCUUUGCACGUGAACUAAGCUGCAGGAACAAGUGUAUGCGCACUCGCUCCUCGGGGGAACAAUAUCUAAUUGCAGGUUAUUCUAAUCCUGAACACUUAUUCCGAGGAAGAGCUAAAAGGCGUUUGCUAGAGACUUGGAGAAAAUGGCCGAUCAGACAACUCUGGAGACGUUGACGCCUAACUAUGUGGCGAGAAAUAGCAUUGGUGCACCCACCAUUGAGGCCAACAAUUUUGAAAUCAAGCCAGCCAUGAUUCAGAUGCUUGCAAAUAAUCCAUUUUGUGGAUACACUCAUGAAGAUCCAAUGGAGCAUAUUGAGAGCUUUAUUCAGACUUGUGCUACAUUCAAAUACAAUGGGGUGUCCAGCGAAGCAGUCAGGUUGACUUUAUUUCCAUUCUCGUUGAAAGACAAAGCUUCACGGUGGCUCCGUAGCUUUCCAAACGGGCACUUUGAUACAUGGGAGAAGCUUCAUCAGGCAUUUAUGCAGGAGUAUUUUCCUCCCUCUGCCGCUAUCAAAGUUCAGACAGAAAUCCUUAAUUUCACUCAAGCUCCGACCGAAUCUUUCAGUGAAGCAUGGGAUAGACUGAAGACGCUGAAAAGGAAGUGCCCGGAAACAUUCAUGAAUGCUGCAACCAUUAUGUGCAGAUUUUAUAAUGGGCUUCGGUUGGAGUAUAUGAGAGAACUAGACCGGGCAGCUCAAGGGGGUAUGUUUCUAAAAUUAUCCCCACAGGCAGAAGAGCAGAUAAUUGAGAACUUGGCUUCAAAUGACAAGUAUUGGUAUGCGGGCAAAGAGAGAGUUCAAAAUCCACCCGGUUUGCUUAAUCUGGACCCCAUCACUGCACUCACCGCGAAGAUAGAAGGACUGGCAGUGGACGUGAAAGACUUGAAGGCACAGACCUCUCAGCAGCAAGUUCAUAAUAUUGGGGCAUAUCAGCCCUCUUAACCUAUGUAUUCUGCCCCACUUCCUGUUCGAGCAAGCUAUCCAAGCCCAACCGGCCAAGAACUCGCUUUAUCUUGCGAGAUGUGCAUGGGAGCUCACCUCACUCACACAUGUCUUCUUUAUGUUCAGAAUCAGGCAUCACCAGUGGUCCAGAAUGUCAAUUUCAUGGAAUAUGGUCAAGGCCAGAGAGGAGGUGGACAAUUUUUCAACAAUCAAGGUCAGAGAGGAAACUUUCAGCAAGCAGGAGGUUUAUGGAGGCCCGAAAAUCAGAACCAAGGGCAGCGGAAUGCCCCUAAUUUUCAAGGAAAUUUCCAGAUUAGAGGCCAUCCAAACCAGCCCGCUUAUAUCCCGCCUCAUCAAAGACAGCUUGAGCAGCCUCCUGUAAAUGCAGCGCUAGAGAAAACAGUGGCUGAAUUAGCCAAAAACCAAGCGGAGAUGCACCAGCGUUUUAGCAACCUUGAAGCUCUUAUCCGCCAGCUUGGCUCAAGUGUUUCAAGAGAACCGGGCAGCCUUCCGAGUUCAACAGAACCUAACCCAAGGGAGCAUGUGCAAGCUGUUACGCUACGAAGCGGGAGAACACUUCCAGAAGUUUCUACUCCGCCAAUGCCUCAACAAGAUGAUGACCAGCAGCUUCAAGGCCCAGAUUCCCAGGAGGUUGAAGAAGAACCAGUGGCUGCCCCUAUUCCAGCCAAGAGUGAAGAAGUCCAGAAUGAAGAAGCUCAGAAGAAAAAGGAGAGUAAGAAGACUCCACCACUCCCGUUCCCUACACGGGUGAAGAAGAGAAAUGAUAACACGAACUUGAUCAGAUUUAUGGAGCAUCUAAAACAGCUCCAUAUCAAUAUGCCAUUCAUGGAAGCAUUGACAGAGAUGCCGAGGUACGCGAAGUUUCUGAAGGACCUCCUCACGAAAAAGAGGAGGUGGGAAGAGCCAGAAGUGGUGGAUCUCAAUGCAGAAUGUUCAGCGGUCGUUCUGAGGACCAUGCCACCAAAACGAAAAGAUCCAGGGAGUUUUCUUGUACCUUGUUCUAUCGAAAAUUGUAUGUUUAAUAAUGCUUUAGCUGAUUUAGGAGCUAGCAUCAACCUGAUGCCUUCCUCUGUGGUCAUGAAACUUGGCUUGGGUGAACUUAAGCCCACUCGUAUGAGCCUCCAACUAGCGGACCGAUCGGUGAAAUACCCGAAAGGAAUUCUAGAGGAUGUAUUAGUACGAGUGGACAAGUUCAUAUUUCCUGUCGAUUUUGUGGUCAUGGACAUGGAGGAAGAUCGUGAGACUCCACUUAUUUUAGGGAGGCCCUUUCUGGCUACUGCUAGGGCCCUUGUUGAUGUUGCUGAUGGUACACUUUCUCUGAGAGUUGGGGACGAUGUGUGCACCUUUAAACUCUCAGAUGUGAUGAGUAAGGCCUCAGACCCCACUGAAUCAUGCAAUUAUCUUGAUAUGUUUGAGUCAGUGGAGGGGUAUUUGUUUGGAGGCGAUAGUGAUAUUAUCCCACCCGUUAGUGAGACUCAUUAUGUGGGGGAUAUAGUGGCUGAAAAUGAAGAAGACAUGACUGUUGAUUGCGAGUAGGUGAUUAGGGAUGAUGUUUUCCCUGGGUUGCUUACUGAGUUUAAGGAGCAGCCCGCUGAUAAGGUUACUCCUGAACUCAAACCACUCCCUAGUCACCUGGAGUAUGCAUUUUUGGACACAGAGGGCCAACGACCUGUUAUUAUUUCAGCCCAGUUAGAGUCGGGACAGAAGGAAAAAUUGUUGGAUGUCCUUAGGCGCCACGAGCAAGUCAUUGCCCGUAAGCUUGAGGAUCUUCGUGGGAUUAGCCCAACCUUCUGUACCCACAAAAUUAAGUGUGAGGAGGGGUAUAAACCAGUCGUGCAACCGCAACGACGCUUAAACCCCAAGAUGAUGGAUGUUGUAAAGGCUGAAGUCCUGAGGCUUCUGGAUGUGGGUAUAAUCUACCCAAUUUCAGAUAGCCAAUGGGUUAGCCCUACUCAUGUGGUCCCCAAGAAAGGGGGUAUGACAGUUGUUCAGAAUGAGAAGGGGGAACUCCUACCUAGUAGGACUGUGACCGGGUGGCGGAUGGUCAUUGAUUAUCGUAAACUGAAUGAGGCCACCCGGAAGGAUCACUUUCCCUUACCUUUUAUUGACCAGUUGAUUGAGAGUUUGGCGGGGCAUGCUUAUUAUUGUUUCCUUGACGGGAUGAGCGGGUACUUUCAAAUACACGUUGAUCCCGUUGAUCAGGAAAAGACCACUUUUACUUGCCCAUUUGGGACAUUUGCAUUUCGUAGGAUGUCUUUUGGUCUAUGCAAUGCCCCUGCCACAUUUAUGCGUUGUAUGAUUGCUAUUUUUGAGAAGUUUAUUGGUGAUUUUAUGGAGGUUUUUAUGGAUGACUUCUCUAUCUUUGGAGAGUCAUUUGAUGAAUGCCUCCAUAACCUGGAGAAAGUGUUGAUUAGGUGUGAGGAGACCCACUUGGCCUUAAGUUGGGAAAAGUGUCACUUCAUGGUCAAGGAGGGUAUUGUGCUAGGUCAUAAGGUGUCAUCUAAGGGGAUUGAGGUUGACAAAGCGAAAAUUGAGGCUAUUGAGAAACUCCCGCCUCCAAAGAACGUGAAGGCUGUCCGUAGCUUUCUCGGCCACGCUGGCUUCUACCGUCGUUUUAUUCGGGAUUUCUCAAAAAUAGCCAAACCUCUCACCCGUUUGCUUGAGAAAGAUGCUGAUUUUUUGUUUGAUGAUGAAUGUUUGCUUGCUUUUAAUUGUCUGAAACUUAAGUUGAUGGAAGCUCCAGUUUUAGUUGCUCCAGAUUGGGAAAUCCCCUUUGAGCUGAUGUGUGAUGCUAGCGAUCAGGUGGUCGGGGCCAUUCUUGGCCAACGGAAGGAUAAUCACUUCCGCCCCAUCUAUUACGCUAGCAAAACCUUAGCGGGACCCCAAUUGAAUUAUACCACUACAGAGAAGGAGCUUCUGGCUAUUGUGUAUGCUUUGGAGAAGUUUAGGUCGUAUAUUAUUUUGUCUGAAGUAAUUAUCUACACCGAUCAUUCGGCGUUGAGAUAUUUAUUUCAGAAGCACGACUCUAAACCUAGACUUCUCCGUUGGAUUUUGUUGUUGCAGGAAUUUCACAUAGAGAUUAGGGACCGGAAGGGUUCCGCCAAUCAGGCAGCUGAUCAUUUAUCACGAUUAGAUGCUGAUUUGGUAGACUCUUUUAGUAAUGAUGUUAUCGAAGAACUUUUUCCUGAUGAACGUCUUUUGCAGGUUGAGAUUGCUUCUGAGGUGCCCUGGUAUGCAGACAUAGCCAACUAUUUAGUAGGCAAUGUUGAGCCUACCGGGCUAUCUCGGCACAUGUUAAAAAAGUUUUUGUCUGAUGCUAAGUAUUAUUUCUGGGAUGACCCUUAUUUGUUCAGGAUUUGCGCUGACCAGGUAGUAAGAAGAUGUAUUCCUGAGAGUGAAAUGAGUGAGAUUUUGUACCAUUGUCAUGCUGGCCCUGCUGGGGGGCAUUUUUCUGGUAAUAGGACAGCAAGAAGAGUGCUAGAGUGUGGGUAUUAUUGGCCCACGUUGUUCAAGGAUGCGAAUUCUUAUGUUGCUUCAUGUGAUAGGUGUCAACGGGUAGGAAAUAUUUCUAAACGAGAUGAGAUGCCCCAGACAUAUCUAUUGCCUUGUGAAGUUUUUGAUGUCUGGGGGAUUGAUUUUGUAGGCCCGUUUCCUAGCUCAAGAGGCAAUAAAUUUAUUUUAGUCGCUAUUGAUUAUGUGUCAAAGUGGGUAGAGGCUAUUGCUAGCCCUACCAAUGAUGCUAGAGUUGUUGUGCGGUUUGUGAAAAAAUUGUUUUCCAGGUUUGGAGUCCCAAAAGUUUUGAUUAGUGACCGAGGAACCCAUUUUCGUAAUGAUCCGCUAGCUCGUGUUCUGUCUAAAUAUGGGGUUCAACAUCGGCAAGGAGUAGCCUACCAUCCCCAAACUCAGGGGCAAGUAGAGAAUGCGAAUCGGGAUCUUAAGGCUAUCCUAGAAAAAACUGUAGCGCAAACUCGUAAGGAUUGGUCAGAAAAAUUAGAUGAUGCGCUAUGGGCUUUUAGGACAACUUAUAAGACCCCGAUUGGUACUACUCCUUUCCGAUUAGUUUAUGGGAAAUCUUGUCAUUUACCCGUGGAGGUAGAGCAUAGGGCACUUUGGGCUUUAAAUACUGUUUGUCUUGAUUCAUCUAGUGCAGGUAAAGAGCGAUUCUUUCAGCUGAAUGAAUUGGAUGAGUGGAGGGCUCAGGCCUUUCAUAAUUCAUAUUUAUAUAAAGAGAGAGUGAAACAGGCUCAUGACAAGCACAUUAAGGCGGACCGCCAGUUUGUGGAAGGAGAGAAGGUGCUAUUGUUUAAUUCCAGGUUGAGACUUUUUCCCGGGAAGCUGAAGUCCCGAUGGACGGGACCAUACACUGUACGUCGAGUGUACCCUUACGGAAGUGUGGAAAUUGAGCAUAAUGACGGUCGGGUUGUCAAAGUCAACGGCAACCAACUCAAGCACUAUUUUGGGGGAAUCUUUGAAAAGCAGAAGGAGGUUUUAAGCCUUGAGCCCGUUUUUGACUGAGAUCUUAUCGUCAAGCUAGUGACGUUAAAGAAGCGCUUUUGGGAGGCAACCCAUCAUAAAAAACAAAAAAAAAAUAGAAUUAGGAGUUUUUUUUUUAUUUAUGCACUUUUUUUCAUUGUUUUUUGUUUUCAUCUCGGAGUUGUGCGGUUGGAUUUCUUUGCCUUGAAUUGCAGGUGUGGCAUGGGAGUUUAUGAUCUGAUUUUGGAAGAAUUGCAGCCCUAUGUAAAUGGGGUUACUCAGAGCUACACGUUGUAAUUUACUUCACAGCAGGUGAGAGAGUGAUAUUUGAACUGAGAUUCAACUUCAGACACUCGCAGGGACAACGGUUUGAGAGAUACGCGUGCUGGAGGAACAAGGUCUCUGGACAGAAACUUGGCAGCAGCGAGGAACAUUUCUGGGCAGAUUCUGGUGGACUCUGGACGGUGUGAGGUGCCGACUUUUGAGGCCAGAACAGCUGGUCCUUGACCUUUUUCUGUCAGCAUACAUCACAGUACAUGAGGGAGGAACCAGUUGGAUGCCACACACUCUUAUCAGGUUCAGUUGAAGGGAAGUAAUUGCAAUACACUUAUUGAGUUCGGUGACCGGAGUAGGUGCAGACAGAGUAGCCCCAGCAGCUCACUUUUGGACUACCAGCAAGCUUUGAAGAGUAUAUUCUGGGAAUGUCAUUCUACACAGCAGACAUGCAGCCAGAAUGCGAGCAAGCAGUCUACUGGGCAAUGAUCCAAAUUCACUCAGUAGUUGAGAGAUUGCGAGUAGCAUCACUUGGCAGGCUUGUGCGGGACUUUCCAGCAUUUAUGCAUCCAGAAGAGAGCCAUUUCAGCCCGAUGAUCAUGGUUCUAGGCAUACUACCUAGACUUCCCAUCACAAGCAAUCGAGGAGCUAUUUGAUGCAGAGAUUUGAAGUUAUUUCGGAGGGUAUUCACCGCCGCUUGUCCUGUACGGUAUUCUGCCAACUUUUACUACACUACUAAUAAUGUGUGCUUACUCUCAUAUUACUCCUCUUGUGUGAUUUGUGUCGAUUCUUAUUCUGAUUAUGAUGUGCUGCCGGGCUGAAAAUCAUUUUAUUCUUUAACUUGCCCCUGUUUUUUUUUUGUUUUAAAUCUUUUCUUUGACCUCGAGGGCGAUGUCAUCCUUAAGUGUGGGGAGAUUUGGUUGUAGUUUGAACAUGACAUUUGGAUGAAAUUAUUCUGCUCAACAACAUUUUGAGGUGCACAAGAUUUUUUCUAGUUUAGCAACGCAACAGAGGUAACUUGUUAAUCUUUAUUUUCUUUUGUAAACUUCCAUCUCCUCCAUCUUUCUUGGAAAGAAUUAGUAAUGGUGUAAUCAUUGGGGUGGUGUGUAUAUUCUUGGGAAUGUUGGCAUGUUGGAUGGUUUGAUUUGUGUUGAUUAAAUUCGGUUUUACUCGUGAUUCACUAGUUCGCAUUAAUAAUUCCUUGACUGGCCAGGUGUUGAAAAUCCUUACUCCAUAAGGAGCUCUGCUUGCUAAGCAUAUCGGGAUAACUUCAUGUCAAGCGGGUAACUGAUUCUUGUAAUGGGGUUACACUUCAUGUGUCGAGAAUUUCAUCCCUGAAAUGGGGCUCUGCUCAUCUCGCGAAUCACCCCGUGUGAGAGUUGAGUACACAGUAAUGAGAUAAACUCCCAGGCCCUAGAGCUUGAAUCAGUCCUGCAAUCCAGAACCUGGUCAACUUUACAUAUUCAAAAAAAAAAAUCACGAGUAUUCCGAGUUUUAUCACACAAUUCUUGGGUUUUUUUUGGAAAGAUUGGUGGUUUGGAUUUCACACACCUGCACCGUUGGGACCAUCAUGCUUUUCUUUACAUUUUAGUCAGUUGGAGAGGGAUUUUACUUUAGAAAAUAUUGUUUAACAUGUGAAUCUUGGCUUCAUUGUUAAGAAAGAAAAGACCUUGUGCAGUCAUUUGUUUUGGGUGUGGAUGAUUUUUGAACUAGGUGUUACAUGUGAUUACUUUGUUUUUCUUGGGUUUAAUGCACUGUUGCUUGGGGGCAAGCAACGCUCAAGUGUGGGGAGAUUUGAUAGGCUCGUUCCGUUCCUAUCUUUUCACUCAUAUUUUGGGUGUUAAUUGUCUAAUUUUUAUUUUAAUCGGGUGACUAUUGGGGGUUUUGAAUGAAAAUUUGUUAUUUUUCGGUCCCGGUGGCAUUCAUAUUCAGUGUAGUAUUUUUCUACACAAUUUGACAUAUUUUGGAGUAAUUUGAUUGUAAAAUUGCAUAUUAUUAGCGGGUGCAGUGAGUUGUGAUUUUACAGGCCGAGUUUGCGGUGAAUAUGUUUGGACCAGAUCAUUUGCGGGUUACUUUAGAAGUUAUUAAGUGAAGCCCAAAAAGGAAAAAAAAAACUGCAGCACCGACUAGCAGCCCAAAAAGGAAAAGAGAUGAGCUGGGUUUUCUCCCUGAAAACCUCAGCCGCAGGAGCAACUUCCAUUCCAUUCAUUCUUCAUGUUCGUCACUUAGCCGCAGUAGCAUAGCUUUUCCAUUCUCAGUUCGUAGUCAGUCAGCCGCACCAGCAGUUUUUUUCAUCGUUCUUUCUGUUCGUAGACAAGUCCUGCUAUCCGUCAAUUAGCCGCAGCCGGCAGUAGUAACCAGAAGACCAAGCAGCCGCACUUUUUAUUUUCUGAUUCAUUUAGUAGCAAUUAGCCGCAGCAGUAAUCCAUAACCAAGGAACUUUGCUUUGCUUUCAUUUCAAGUAUUGUAAGUUUAGUUAUUUACAGCAUUAGUUCUUCAAUUUUGACUGAAUUUCGAAUUUCUUUGUUUCCAAUUAGCAAUUUCAGAAUUUCCCAUCAAAUACUCAUAAUUCACUCUUUAUUUCUAGCUUCUUAUCAUGUUUAUUAUGCUCAGUAAUAUUUUUGUGAUGUUAAAUUUAGUUAUGAGUAGCUAAUUCCAUUUAGGGUUUGAAUUGGGGCUAGGGUUCAUGGGUUCUUGAGGGUGUGAAUUUAGUUCUUUAAAAUUCAAUUAAUCUUCUGGAAAAUUUGUAUAAGAUUAAUCAUAAUUGUCUAUAUGAAUUUGAUCACCUCAUAUAUGAAUGUCUGGAUUUAAUUCAGUUCUUGUCUAUGAGAAAUUGAGUUAAAUUAGCUCGAAUCUUAUACAAGCAAUCUGAUCUUAGAAAUAAGUUAAGAUUGUGAUAAUUUGAUUUAAUUCUUGUCUAUGAGAAUUUAUUUCAUUUUCUUUCCAGGAAUAAUUGAAAAUUAAUUAACUUAAUUCUAAUCCCGAAAGAACACCCAGAACCCGAACCAUCCAAUUCGAACCCUGUUUUAAUAUCUAGAAUCAGUUUAAUUUUUUUUUUUUACUCUAUUUAUUUUUUUGCACUCGUUAUUAAUUAGUUUUAUUUUCAAACCAC